AUGGCAUCAAAGUACGUUGGCGAUAAUAUGGGAGUUCGUACCCUUGAGCAUUACAAUCAAUUUUUCCGUUUUCAAAGAUUUGCAAGAUUCGACUAUGGAGAACGUGAAAACUUGAUAAAAUAUAAGCAGAAAUGUCCUCCAAAGUACGACGUGACAACCAUUGACAUUCCCAUAUCGAUUGCUUCGUUGACAUCUGACAUUGUCGCAACUCCCAAAGAUUGUCGAUCUCUCAAGAAAAAAGUUAAAAAUUCAAGAAUUCGUUUCUUCGUCGGCAAUCAUUGGGACUUAUGGGCCUCGCCUGCAACAACGAACAAAAUUGUCGACGAUUAUGAAGAAUUUAUCGAUUCAGAAGAUUUCAUCAUCGCAGCAGGAUAUCCUGUUGAAACUCAUCAUAUAACAACACAAGAUGGAUACAUUUUAACACUUCAUCGCAUCCCAUCGACAAAUUUUUCAUCAUCUCCUGUUUUACUCGUUCAUCCAAUGACAACUUCGGGCAUAAUUUGGGUCCUUCCAUUGACACGAAAAGCAAAACCAAUUGCUUUUGGCUUAUCAGAUCUCCAACAUGACGUCUGGAUUUUACAUUUUCGCGGAACAAAGGAGUCUCUUCGUCAUCGUUUCCUCAAAGCAUCGAAUAUUGACUUUUGGAAUUAUACAGCACACGAACUCGCAAUUUUUGACAUUCGUAACUCUGUGGAUUACAUUCUCGAGAAGACAAAAAAGGAAAAAAUUAAUUAUUUGGGAAUUUCUCAAGGAUCGAGCUCUUUAAUGAUGCUUCUCGCGACAAAACCGGAGUACAAUGGCAAAAUAUCAGCAGCUUAUUUGGUGUCUCCGAUCUUUGAAAGCAAUUUUAUCCCAUUUUCGGUUCAAAUGAUCUACGGUUCUGACUUUUCGGAUUUGUUAAUUUUCAUGUCAGACACUGAAAGAAAGAAUUUUGCGGAUUUUGGCAAUAGAAAUAUGCUUGAAAGGAUGAAGUUUGUAGCUGGAAGUGAUUUUCUCAUCGAUUUGAUGUUGAAAGGAGCUUCUCUUGUCGUUGGAAAUUUUAAUCCAAAUGUUAAUUAUUCCUCAAUUUUCAAAAAUUUCAACGUAAUUGGAGACAAAGUAGGACUUGGAACCGUCAAACAUUACAGCCAAAUAUUACGACAUCAUAGAUUUGCAAGAUUUGACUACGGCGAAGAUGAAAAUCGACGAGUUUAUGAUCAAAACUGGCCUCCAACGUAUGAUGUGACAAAAAUAAAAGUCCCAACGACAAUUGUUUCGCUCAAAUCUGAUAUAAUUGCGAAUCCCGAAGAUUGUCAGGCGCUCAAAAUGCAAAUCAAAAAGUCGAGAAUUGUAGAUUUUGAAGGAAAUCAUGUCGAUUUUUGGUCGUUGCCACAAACGAUUAACGGAAUUACGGGGGAUUUCGAAGAAUUUGUUUCGAAAAACCGUUAA